GUUACCUAUAUUCGUGGUACAUAGAAUAUGUCGCCAGCAUUGCAAUGCAUUUGUGAAAUAUGCUGUUGCGGUCGUCACAAAUGUCCUCACCGACCAAAAGCAAUAGUACCUUGGGGACCAUGUGUUAUGUCAGAAUAUUCAGCACAGUAUCAUCCCCAUUGCAUAUCACCAGAGAGUUUAAUAAAGCCACAUACAAAUAAUUUAUUUGCCAGUAGUGAGCCUGUAUCAGAUAAAACUACUCAUAGGACUGAUUAUGCAUCACGUGGCAUUUGUGAACCACCAUACUUGUAUAAACCACCACCAUAUGUACCACCGAAAGGAAAAAUUGAAGAUACGACAUCCUAUCGAAAUGAUUUUAUUCCAAAGAUAUGUCCUCCACCAGAAAUGAUAAAACCAGUUGAACGAAUGGGAUGUCCAGCAAAAUUCGAUGGAAAUCCAACUUAUAGAAGUGAUUAUCGUCCAUGGGAUGUAAAACCAAAUGUUCCAGUUAGACCAAAACAUGAAAAAUCUCAACUGCCAAAAUUUGAUGCUCAACCAACUUAUCGCCAAGAGUAUAUACCACAUUGUAUGCAAAAAACUGAAAGUUUUAAACCAGUACAUUUACCAAAAGUAUACGAUGAGCCAUUUAAAGGUGAUACAAUCUAUCGUACAGAAUAUGUAACUCCACCAAUGAAACCGAAAACACCACCGAAACCACAAACAAUAGCUAAAUCAAGUGUACCGUUAGAUACUUUGACAACAUUUCGUAAAGAUUUUACACCAAAAGAUAUAUGUCUAAAUCCACCGUAUAAACCAAGUCAGCAACUGGUCACCUCUAAAGAUCCAAUAAGUAAAUUAACAACAAAUCGUAUCGACUUUAAAGAUUGGGGUUGUCAACCACCAGAGCGUGCUGGAGCUCCACCAUAUCAACCAAUGGAAGGAGAUAGAUAUCUUGAUAGUACAUACAGAAAUGAUUAUUCUGAAAAACCAAUUUGUCCACCAGCUGCAAUUAAACCAAUUGAAGUACCAAAAUGUGAUGCUAAAUUUGACGAUACUACAAAUUAUCGUAAUGAUUAUGUCCCAUGGAAUACUAAAGCAGAACAUGUCAAACGACCUGAUACUUGGGCACCACCAACUGUUCCAUUGGAUAAGGAUACAACAAAUAGAAUGUCAUAUGUACCAUAUAGUUGUGUGCAACCAGAGAAACCAUUCAAACCACUAGUGAAUCUAGCACCAAAUGGUCCAUUCAGUGAUCAAACAAACUAUCGUACAGAAUAUGUACCAAAGGUUAUCUGUCCGUGUUGUCCAGCACAAUUUUUAAAUCAAGAACAAAUUAGUCCAGAUGGAUAUAAAUUUAAUAGUUACGAUGAACGUGGUCAUCAGAUGUAUCAUCAAGUUGGCAGAGGUAAAGUUACCUUACCACCUUUACCAGUGAAAUAAAGUUGAAGUACGGUUCAUAAUAUUAUAAAAGGAAUUCGAAGGAAAAAUUGAAAUCGUUAUGUUUAAAUAUUUCUACUAGCGCCUAAUGGUUUUGUCUUCAAACUGCGUUAACAGCGUAAUACAUAAACACGAAAAAAAGGUUUGAAACAUACAGUAUUUGCAAAAUCGGUACACAAAUUAUUAUUACUUUAAGGAGUAAUAAAAUUUACUUAUCUCUAUCUAUAUUCAAGCUGAAUAAUCUCCUCUGCCUGAUUACACAACUUGUGAGAAUUU